UUUAAUAAUAAUGUGUUUAUCUUAUGUUAUUAUUGAUGCUUUUUGAUGUACAGCAGUCGCAGCUGCAUCUGAAUUAUGUAUCCUGGGUUUGUUGUUUUCUUUCCUGGUUUCAAAAUACAUCCAAACUGCUGACCCAAUUGCUGACCUGCUUAAAUGAAUACCUGUGAGCACAAUGAGACAUUGAACUACAGCAAGAAAACACAGGCGACCCAUGAACAGCUGGUUGAGGUGAAAAGCUGUUACUGACUAUCAGACUACAGACCAAUGCUGCUUUGACUCAUGUUUUUCUAGCAUGAGGAUUUUGAAUGAAAUAUCGACCUGAUACCAACACCUAUUACAUUCUGCUGAGAACGUAAUUGGCUGAAACAUUCCUUUCUUCUUUAGGAUCCAUACACAUCCAAAUGUUUUCUGAAGUUUGUUUGAGGGCUUAAAAAAGUGAUUAAGUCAAGCUCUGAAAAGAAGAGCGGACGGAGAUGACUAUAUAUAUUAUGAAAUACCAUGCAGACUGAUUGGACGAAUAAAAUUAGACAAUUAAUAAAGUUUUUUUUAUUUUAGAUUGCUUUUGCAAGAAUACCCCUAGGAUUGUAGUUGGAUAACCCCCAGGCAUAUAGAUAAUGUUUUUAUUUAUUGAUUAUAUGAUUCAAGCAGUGUCACAUCGCUAUAAAAGUGGUAAACAAAUAAUUAUUUGUAACCAGCCGGACUCCGGUGGGUGUGGUUACUCUUUGACGACGUUUCCUGCUCGGGUGAGCACGUGGUUCCUGUUCUGCUUCCUUUUACCUCCGCUUCUUCUCUGUUACUAAGGGUUUUCCAGACCGCCCUCUAACUCCUCCUUCUGUUCCGACAUUCCAGCUGCGGUGUGAUUCAAGCGUGUUUGAAUAUAGAAAGAGGGUGUUUGGUGUCAACUGCCUGAGGAUAAUGGAAAAGCAAGUGUGUUUACGUUCACAUUUUCGCGACCGGUGCCUGAUAACACUGCUACACAAUACUGCCUAAUUUUGGGUCAUGACGCUGGAAUCGAUUCGCUACCGAGACGGAUCUCUGCAGAUCCUCAACCAACUGCUGCUACCACACCAGACCUCUUACGAUAACAUCCUCACGGUCCAGGACGCUUACGAGGCCAUUAAGUCUAUGAAGGUGCGAGGUGCACCUGCAAUUGGCAUUGUGGGCUGCCUCAGCUUGGCUGUGGAGCUGCAGGCAGGUGCUGGUGGUGAUGACCCUGUGGCCUUUAUUAGAGACUCUUUGUAUCACCUGACCUCAGCCAGACCCACUGCCGUCAACAUGGGACGUGCUGCUCGUGAGUUGAUAGAAUUUGCAGAGAAUGAGAGCAUGGAGAAGAAUUCGGAGCAACUUCGCGAAAGUGUCAUUUCCUGGAUUGAAGACAUGCUGGAGCGUGACGUCAAUGACAACAAAAAGAUCGGCAACAACGGUGCUCAACAUAUCUUGUCUGGUAUACCAAGGGAAUCGGUGACCAUUCUCACACACUGUAACACUGGCUCACUUGCUACAGCUGGAUAUGGCACAGCACUAGGGGUUGUCCGAAGUCUCCAUGCACUAGGUAGGCUGAAACGUGUCUACUGCACAGAGACAAGACCAUACAACCAGGGCUCCAGGCUGACGGCGUAUGAGGUGGUGGCAGAGGGAAUCCCUGCUACACUUAUUACAGACAGCAUGGCUGCACUUACCAUGAGAGAGAUGAACAUCUCUGCUGUAGUAGUAGGUGCGGACAGAGUGGUUGCCAAUGGUGACACGGCCAACAAGGUAGGCACAUAUCAGCUGGCUAUUGCUGCAAAGCAUCAUGGGAUUCCCUUCUAUGUGGCAGCCCCCAGCACAUCUUGUGAUUUGAGCCUGGAGAGUGGCAGAGACAUCAUUAUUGAAGUACGACCCCAAGAAGAGCUCACCAGCAUAAAUGGUGUGCCCAUUGCUGCCAAGGGUAUCGACGUGUGGAACCCUGCAUUUGACGUGACACCUCACCAGCUUAUCACAGGUGGCAUCAUUACAGAGCUGGGAGUCUUCCUACCUUCUGAGCUUCAGGCAGCACUGACUGGGCGUCUCACCGCCCUCUAGAUUUGCUCAGCACCUCCUUGUGUGUGCGCACUGCACUUUUGUAUCACAUUCUAAUAUCACAGAAACCAAAUACAGGUGCAGAGGGUCACAAUUGGUGUUUGACAUAAUUUUGAUGAUGGCACGGUCACUGUUAUAUGUCAGUGGUGAUCAAAAACACUCAAGUCAAUCUUUUCUCCCACACACAUAUGUACACUGCAGGGAGUUAAGCCAACACACACACACUUUUCAUUUAUCUUUUAUUUUGUAGACAUGUCUCUUAAGACUGGAAUCAAUUCAAAUGUACAUGUAAUGCAUCUACAAACAAAAGUUCAAAAAGCCAAAUGCAUUACUGAAUUUUGAUACAUUUUAAUAUCUUGGUUUCUAAAUUGCAGGUAACCAUUUGUAAAUAUACCGGUUAUUGCUCAUAAUUGUACAUGUAUAUAAUGUAGAAAAUAUUGUGUGAUUGUUGAUGGGUACAGCUGUUGUCAAACAUCUAUCUGCUAAAUUAAAAGUUAAAUCAAAUAAUUAAGAAUUAAAAACAGAAUUUUAUAAUUGGCCUAAACCAAUGAUAAAACAAGCUGGAACUAUGUUAUUCUACAUUCUUUUCCAUGUGUAACAUCAUACUUUUGUAUUUAUUUUGGCUUCAUAUUGUGUAAGUUGGGUUAAAAAGUGUCAUUUUUGUGAAGUCCUGUUUGUGCCAUUGAAUGUGAUUUUUACGGUAGUCCUGCCUUUCAGUGGGAUAGUUCACCCCCAAUUAAAAAUCAAAUAUGUAAUAAAUAUCUUCUCGUCAAGAAAUGACUGUUAUGCAAAGAGAUCAGUGCAACUUUGUGAAAGUUGCAAAUUAGAAAAACUGACAGGAAAAAUCUAAUUGAAAUGAAAGUUUUUAACACUCCUUAAAAGCUCAUAACUAAGUUUAUCACUCUUAGAAGAUGAUGCUUCUGAAACGUUGGCUCAGCCCAGUUAAAAGUAUAUAAUGAUUAUAUUAACAAAUAGUGAAAAAAAAGGCUUCUCUUUACUGUAACAAAAGUAUUAGACUAAACUGGCACCAAUGCUUAUGGUGUUGCUAAUGGUGAUAUAUGUACAUAAAACAUUUUCUGGUGUA